CCCGAUGUGUUCAUUUUUUAUUGGUUUUGAUGGUGAUUUGAUGUCAUCAGGAAUUCAGGUCUCACGUUCGUCCCUGCGAUCAUCUGAAUAGCACUGGUGACGGGGAAGGGAAGAGCAGAGACAGGCACCCAUAGGCAGCCUGGAUCGGACCGUAUAAAUCUGGGAGGAGGGAGGGGGCCGGACAGCCUGGCCUUCCCAGCUGGCACACGAGGCUGAGUGGAAGCCAGCGACAGGCAGUGGAGCGGGAGGCGUUGUGCCUUCACCCCAAGUGACCAUGAAAGGGGCCAUGCGAGUCUCAAUCAUGUUCCUUCUGGUGACUGUGUCGGACUGUGCCGUGAUCACAGGGGCCUGUGAGCGGGAUGUGCAGUGUGGGACGGGCACCUGCUGCGCCAUCAGCCUGUGGCUGCGUGGGCUUCGGAUGUGCACCCCGCUGGGGCGGGAAGGAGAGGAGUGUCACCCGGGCAGCCAUAAGGUCCCCUUCUUCAGAAAACGCCAGCACCACACCUGCCCCUGCCUGCCCAACCUGCUGUGCUCCAGGUGCCCGGACGGCAGGUACCGCUGCUCCACGGACUUGAAAAACAUCAACUUUUAG